CUCGCCUCCUUCGACUCGCUCAGUCGCGUCCGCUACGCCGCGUGUGAUGUAUCUUGUUUCUCGUGCCGGCACCUGUUAACAGAACGGUGGUGUUGUGACUGCGAGUGUAUGUGAGAUGCUCGGACUGUGAUCAAAGCAUGGUGAAUUACGUCAACCCGCUCGCCAUGUACCAAGGCAAGGGCGGGCAGUACGGCAGCGGCUGGUAUGGGUGGCAGCAUCAGAACUUUGAGGACCAACAGUGGUGUGCGUGGAAUGGAGCUCCCGCGGGUGGCGAGUGGGCGCCGGAUCCUCAUCACUUCCCUAAACGUGAGCCUGGGGAGAGGGAAAUAGCAGAUUUGCCGUCCCCAGCUCGUGGUGACUUGGCCAGUCCCAGUGAAGGGUCGCCAGGAUCCAGGCCUGCACAGCCACCUGCCCCUCCGCGUUCACCAUAUGAAUGGAUGAAGAAACCCAACUACCAGACACAGCCUAAUCCAGAUGACAUUGUUGCAGGUAAAACGCGCACGAAAGACAAAUACCGCGUGGUGUACAGUGAUCAUCAAAGGCUGGAGCUAGAGAAGGAGUUCCACUACAGCCGGUAUAUUACCAUACGGCGCAAAGCUGAGCUUGCCGUCAGCUUAGGACUCUCUGAGAGACAGGUAAAAAUCUGGUUCCAAAACCGACGCGCCAAGGAGCGUAAACAGGUGAAGAAACGUGAAGAAGUGGUGAUGAAGGAGAAGGGAGACCACGCGUCGCUGCAGCACGCACAGUUGCACCAUGCGACAAUGUUACAUCAUCAGCAGAUGAUGAAUGGUAUGAUGCACCACCACCACUACCACCAGGGGGUGCUGCAGGGUGUGCCUGAGCCGCUGGUGCCGGGCGUGCCCCCCGUCCCGUUGCUGUGACCUCAUCAGCAACAUUACUGCGCACACAGUGACAACUUCGCGUAGUGACAUUAAGCGGUGUCCCUCGCACCGUCGCUCCUUGCACACUGAACAAUGCCCCGACAAGGCGACCCAGUGCAUUCACAAUAUAUAUGUGUGAUAUAUUCAGUGCAAUCAUGUGGAAUAUUUGCGUCGGAAUUCCAGAUGAACAAUAAAAAAAACUUUUAAUACUCUUUCGUACUACGCUGUAGUACUUUAAAGCUGUAAGCGGAGACACUUAUGCAACUUCCUGAAGUAAAGGCUUUUUCUUUAAUGAGGUUCUUGCCACAUUUGUAAGAACAUGUUCAUACAACUUUUACCGUUUAUUGAAACAGUCUGUACGUCAAGAAUGUGGGACUUUUUGGUUUUAGACUUAAUUGUAGUUAUGUAAGUGUUCACGCCUUAUAGCAAUUUCAGUACCUUUCCUUUAAAACGGUACGGAUAAAUGUAAUGUAUUGAAUUUCGUCACUUGAUUGUAAAUAUAGAUAUAGCUAUAUUUUUAUAUUAUUAUUAUUAUGGUUAAGUAUUAUUACAUUGAUUGUUUUUAAGCGGUUUAUUUAUUUCUCAAUGCUGCAAGUGCCUUUUCAGAGAUUAAAAUUAAGUAAGUAUUUUGUGUAGAUUUGUUUGCAAAAUUAAAUAAUAAAUUAAUAUUAUAUUUAAUUGUUUAUACCAUUGUUUCGUAAUUGAUAACGAUAGGUACCUAAUGUUUAUAUAUUUUGAUUGUGUUGAAUAAUUUUAUAUUCAUUGCGAAUCUCAUAAGUUUGACUUCACUUACGCAGUGAUAUGUGCCAUUGUAUGGCAUGACAUUGUUAAUAAUUUAUCUUCCCAUUUGUGGCGUUGAGAAGUAGGUGCAACAAUUUUAAGUUCAAUGAGAUUAUUGCUAGUAUUAAAUGUUCUGUAAAUAAUAGCUUACAUUUUAGAAUAAUUUAUUCUUAUUCCAAUUUCUAUAGCAUACACAGUAAAUAAUAAAUCACUGAAUACACUGUUGACAUUGUUUUUGAAAAUCAUUAAUUCUUUGGUCGAAAUUAUUCUCAUAUUGGAAAGGUUGUAUUUAUUUUUUAAGUUAAUAUACAUACCUAUAAUGGGCUUUAUAAGAUAUUGUUUGUCAGUGACUUGAUUUAAAAGUUUAAUAUGCCAAUCCCAGUGAGAAAAAAUAA